GCUGACUACACACGCGUACCAACAGCAACGACCAAAGCCUAUCAGAAAAAAACAGCAACAACAAAAGCUAUGCAAUUUGAUCACAUCCUUAAUUUGUAGUUUGUACUUUGUAUAUACCAUCUCGAUCUCGAUCUCAAGAGAAACUAGCUUAAUGGCGACUCCCUCUGAAGUGAUCAGCAACAAGCAGGUGAUACUGAGAGACUAUGUCACCGGCUUCCCCAAAGAAUCCGACAUGGAAUUGCGCACGGACACAACCACACUGAAGCUGCCACAAGGUUCCACCGGGGUUCUCGUCAAGAAUCUCUACUUGUCCUGCGAUCCUUACAUGAAAAACCGCAUGACCAAACGUGAAACUGCCUCUUAUGUCGAAACUUUCCAUCCCGGUUCCCCUAUAACCGGAUUUGGAGUGGCUAAAGUUUUAGAGUCUGGGGAUGCAAAGUUUGAGCAGGGCGACUUGAUUUGGGGGAUUACCGGCUGGGAAGAGUACAGUCUCAUCACUGCAACACAGUCUCUCUUUAAGAUUCACCACGACCCCAAUAUUCCUCUCUCUUAUUAUACUGGAAUUCUCGGUAUGCCUGGAAUUACUGCUUAUGCUGGUCUUUAUGAGCUUUGCUCACCUAAGAAAGGAGAGACGGUCUAUGUUUCAGCAGCAUCUGGAGCAGUAGGUCAACUAGUUGGCCAGUUUGCCAAACUCAUGGGUUGCUAUGUUGUUGGAAGUGCUGGAAGUAAAGAAAAGGUUGAUUUGCUGAAGAACAAGUUUGGGUUUGACGAGGCUUUCAAUUAUAAAGAAGAAUCUAACUUGGAUGCAGCUUUGAAAAGGUACUUUCCUGAAGGUAUCGAUAUAUACUUUGAGAAUGUUGGGGGAAAGAUGCUUGAUGCAGUGCUACUAAACAUGAGAUUCCGUGGCCGAAUUGCAGUUUGCGGGAUGAUCUCACAGUACAACCUUGAGAAGCCUGAAGGUGUACAUAACUUAAUGUCUCUGAUCUCCAAAGAGGUCCGGAUGCAAGGUUUUGUUGCUUUUAAUUACUAUCAUCUGUAUGGCAAGUUUCUUGAAAUGGUCCUGCCUCAUAUAAAAGAAGGGAAGGUUAUGUACGUGGAAGAUGUAGUUGAAGGCCUUGAGAGCGCUCCCUCGGCUCUGGUUGGACUCUUUGCAGGUCGCAAUGUAGGAAAGCAAGUUGUUGUUGUCUCCCGGGAAUGAUCAUGUCCUAUUCCUAACCUGUACGUGACCCUUGAUUAAUUUUCUGUACUAUUAGCAGUUAUCAUAUUGUGAAGGAGUGUGAGAGCUGUAUCAUUUUCAUAAUUAUAGAUGUAAAAAUAUACAUCUCCACCUCGUAUGUAUAUUUGGAAGUUACUGCUACAGGUUUUGUGAGAGCUAUGUUCCCUUUGAAUAAUACAAUGUGUCUGGCCUUUGCAAUUGGGGAA